GCCUGUAUCCAUAAAAAAAUGUAUUUCGUAGUCCUAAAGUAAGAUACAUAAAAAGCCUAAACUGGAAUUGUCAAAAGAGAAUCACGACAUAACAAGUUUGAACCAUUGUAAACAAACAGUACAGGGCUCUAACGUAGAGUCAAGCCUAGUCAUGCCCGAUACUGUAUUGAGUGAAAUCAGUUCGAAGGUUUCGGACCCUCAACAUUCCCAGAAACUUCUUAGGGUCCUCCGCACCUUCUGGCAAGAGCAAAGCUUCCACGAUGCGCUGCUGGUGGUUGAUGGAGAUGAGCUUCCUGUCCAGAAAAACAUCCUGGCUGCUGCCAGCCCUUAUAUCAGGACAAAGCUAAACUACAAUCCUCCGAAGAAAGAUGGGUCUACAUACAGAAUCGAGCUGCAGGGGGUCUCCAUGCCCAUCAUGAAACAGAUCCUGGACUACAUCUUCAGCGGUGAAAUUGCUUUGAAUGAAGAGACCAUCCAAGACAUGGUGCAGGCGUCUGACCUGCUCCUACUGACUGAUCUCAAGUCCCUGUGCUGCCAGUUCUUAGAGAGCUGCAUCACUGCAGAGAACUGCCUCGGCAUCCGGCUCUUCUCUCUGCACUACUGCCUUAACCACGUCCACUAUACUGCCACCGAGUUCCUGCAGACACAUUUUGGUGAUGUGGCGCGCACUGAGGAGUUCAGGGAGUUGCCCCCGGACCGCCUGUGCGAGGUGCUGGCCAUGGAGAAGCUGAACGUGGGCAAUGAAAAGCAUGUGCUGGAGGCUGUGGUGCGAUGGUUCGGACAUGACUCAGAGGAUCGCAAGGUACACAUGAAGCAAGUGAUGUCUGCAGUAUGGCAGCAGGGUCUGGAUGCAAGCUACAUGAGAGAGCAGGCCAUGGGAGAGCCGCUGAUGAGGGAGGUGAUCAGUGAUUACUGUCAGCAGGUGCUGGGGGAUGGUCAGCUGCAGGGUGAGGCUCUGCUCGCCGCCUUCAAACCCCGAGGUUACUCAGAGUGUAUUGUUAUCGCCGGAGGAGAGGAUCGCAAAAGCAGGAAGCCAACUGCUGCAACGCGCUGCAUGUGUCCGCUCUACGACACCAACAGACAGGCCUGGAUCGAGCUGCAGCCCAUGAGUGUCCCACGCCUCGGCCACGGGGUGGUCGCUGCCGAGGGUUUUCUGUUUGUGAUGGGCGGAACAGAUGAAGACAACACAGUCCUAGACAGUGGAGAGAAAUAUGACCCUGACAACAACACCUGGAGCCCCAUACCCCCAAUGCUGCAGACUCGUCAGAACUUUGGUGUGGUGGAGUUAGACGGUCUGAUCUACGUUCUCGGAGGAGAGACCAAGGAAACAGAGCUGAUCACGGUUGAAGUGUUUGACCCUCACUGCUGCACCUGGAAGAUGCAGACCAGUAUGACCAUGAUCCGCAAGGUCGGCUGCUAUGCCUCCAUGAAUAAGAAGAUCUAUGCCAUAGGUGGGGGUUCCUACGGGAAGCUGUUUGACUCUGUUGAAUGCUUUGACCCCAAAACCCUGCAGUGGACCGGCCUCUGUCCCCUGAAAGAGAGAAGGUUCGGGUCGGUGGCGUGUGGCGUCGGCCAGGAGCUCUACGUCUUUGGUGGAGUAAGAAGCAAGGAGCAAGACAAUCCCGAGCAAAGGCAGAUGAUGACCUGCAAGUCUGAGUUCUACCAUGACGAGAUGAGGCGGUGGAUGUUCCUGGAUGAACAGACCCUGUGUAUCCAGACCAGCUCCUCUUUUGUUUAUGGUGCUGUGCCCAUCGGAGCCAGCAUCUAUGUUGUGGGAGACCUGGACACAGGAACAAGCUUCGACUACAUCCGGGAGUUUCGCCGCAGCACUGGGACAUGGCAUCGCACCAGACCUAUGUUACCAACAGACCUCUCCAAAACAGCCUGUGCUGCCCUGCGCAUCGCCAACUGUCGACUGUUCCGCCUCCAGUUGAGCCAGGGCAUGUUCCGAAUCAGAGUCUGACUUCAGCCAGUGACCUGUGGCCUGUGUUGGCUCCACACUUCACUUUUGCAAACUGGUAGUUUCUACCUGCUGUAAGUCUGGGUUUAGGGAUUUUAUGAACACUGAAGUAUUAUAGUCGCUAUAUAUUGAGGAUUGUGACACUCCAUUCAGGGGCUUAUACCCGACUAAGACUUGACAGGACAAAAGUUCAUCUUUUUAACAUUAUAGGUUUUAUGGCACUUUUUUUAAAACUUAAAUUAUUUGUAUUUCCUUUUUUUAUGUGGGAUUUGAUCAUCUUUUGCUUUUUAUUGUAAUGGACAUUUCUCAUUUGGAAUGUUUACUGGUGAUUUGUUGCUUGGUGAGGGAUUGAAACUGCAAACAAUACUUGAUAAAGUAACUCCCACUUUGUUAGAUGAUGUUUUUUGGUGGUGUAUUGUUCAUCUUUCUAGCCAAUCAAAGAGCACAUUGUCAUUUGUCCUGAUGAACAGCUGCAGUGGAGGUUAAGGGUUAAAAAUGAUAUUAAUAUAAUAAUAUAAAUCUUCAGUGGGAUGUGAGACUGCGGUGUCAGUCCCAGAGAUGGGCGCUAAUAAAAUGUUGGUUGCAA